UUAUAUUCCCCGUGCCCGAUCCAGAGCUGUGAGGCACCAGCCAUGCUCCCUUCCCUGCCUCUCCUGCACACUGUGGUGUUUGCACUCACAGUCCUCCAGGCCCUCGCCUCUGACACCUUCAUUGCAGCCGUCUAUGAGCAUGCGGUCAUCCUGCCAGAUGACACUGACGAGCCCGUUUCUCCCGACGAUGCUUUGGCCCUGAUGAACCAAAACAUGGAUGUCCUGGAAAGGGCCAUCAAGGAAGCCGCCCAGCAGGGCGCCCACAUCAUUGUGACCCCUGAAGAUGGCAUUUACGGCUGGCGUUUCACAAGAGAAACCAUCUACCCCUACCUGGAGGAUAUCCCUGAUCCAGCAGUGAACUGGAUUCCCUGCACCGACCCCACCAGAUUUGCUCCAGCACCAGUGCAGGAACGACUCAGCUGCAUGGCCAGGAAUAACUCCAUCUAUGUGGUUGCAAACAUUGGGGACAAGAAGCCAUGUAACUCCAGUGAUCCCGGCUGUCCCAGCGAUGGUCGCUAUCAGUACAACACCGAUGUUGUCUUUGACCCGGAGGGGAAACUGGUGGCUCGUUACCACAAGUACCACCUAUUUAGAGGCGAAACUCAGUUUAAUUACCCUAAAGAGCCAGAAGCCGUCACCUUUGAGACCCCCUUUGGGAAGUUUGGCAUUUUCACAUGCUUCGACAUCCUUUUCCGGGAGCCUGCUGUGGUCUUGGUGAGCGAGUUGCAGGUGGACACUGUGCUCUUCCCGACGGCUUGGAUGAACGUCCUGCCGUUUCUGACUGCGGUUGAGUUUCACUCUGCCUGGGCCAUGGGCAUGGGUGUCAAUUUGCUUUCAGCAAAUACUCACAACAUCAGCUUGUCAAUGACAGGCAGCGGGCUGUUCACGCCGGAGGGACCUGCCGUCUACCAUUACAACAGUGAGACCGAGGAGGGAUGUCUCCUGUUAGCAGAGCUGAGCGCACACCCCCGUCUUUCUCCCACCUACCCCCCCACUGUCAACUGGAGCUCCUUUGCCACAAGCAUCAAGAAAUUUGCAGGAGGAAAAGACACUUUUUCUGGAGCUGUCCGGCGGGAUAUAUUCACUUUCAGUGAACUCAGGUCUCAAGCUGGAAAUUACACAGUUUGCCAAGGAGACCUCUGUUGUCAUUUGAUCUAUCGGAUGGCAAGCAAGAGCAAAGAUGAAGUUUAUGUCCUGGGUGCAUUUGAUGGGCUUCACGGUUCUCUCAUAAAAUACCAUUGGCAGAUAUGCACACUGCUCAAGUGCAAGAGCACAGACCCGAACACGUGCGGGCAGCCGGUGGAGACUGCACAGACCAAGUUUGAGAUGUUCUCUCUCAGCGGCACCUUUGGCACCAACUACGUCUUUCCAGAAGUCUUGUACAGUGGGGUGCAGCUGGCCCCUGGGGAGUUUGAGGUGCUACGUGAUGGACGUUUGAAAAGUAAGCACGGCACAUCGAAACCGCUUGUAACAGCAACACUUUUUGGAAGGCUUUAUGAAAAGGACCUGCCGCAUCCUCUGCGAACCUCCCCAUAACAUAACUCAUCUGUUAAACUGUCACCAUAGACAAGAGGGGAAUUCCCUACAGUGAUCCACCUCCUCAUGAGCCACGGUGUUAUCCUCUGUCAUUCCUGUUCCACAGUCUUGCUCAGCAGCUGCAGCACUUGAGUUUAUUUAGAAGAAAGCAAUGUGACCACUUUGUUGUGUACCUAUCUCAGUGGUAUAGCUUUUUAAUAGUGCUUGAGCCAGUGCAACUAUUUUUUAAUAUGAAUGCUCUGUCACUUGUAAUCUUCCAUUAGAAAUGAUUGUUUUCCCAGAAAUAUCAUGUAGAUUGCCAGGAUAACACUAGAAAAAAGACUGAUACCGAAAUGUGUGAAACAUGAAGUUUGUCAAUUUGCUGCAGAACAAACCUUCGACAAGGAA